UUAAACGUCAUCCAACAACUGUGUUAUUUUCGAUUAUACGAUUUACACACAAGACAAAUCGUUCUAGAAUAAUACUUAUCCUCUUUUAUGUGGAAGUAUAUAUGAGAGGAUCUAUCGGCUACCGUAGUUUUAGAUUGUCUAGGCAUAAUGGCAAACAAACAUAUAGGAACUCUGACUAUGGGUCCUCAUACUUUAGAAAUUCCCCCAAUACUAUACGAAACCAAUAGAAAAAGACUCGUCGAACGACUAAAAAAAGUUAUAGCGAACUCUGUUGUGCUUCUCCAAGGUGGAUCUGAGAUUUCCGUCUAUGACUCGGACACAAGCUACAUAUUCAGACAGGAAGCUUACUUCAAUUGGUGUUUUGGAGUUACUGAAGCUGACUGCUACGGAAUUGUAGACGUUGUAACAGGAGAUUGCCAUUUAUUCUUUCCACGUCUUCCAAUAGAGUAUGCGGUGUGGAUGGGUCCUCUCACUCCUUUGGAUGAAUUUAAAAAGAAGUAUAACUCACAAUAUGUACACUACGUGGAUGAACUAAAGCAGGUACUUGAAACCCUCAACAGAGAAGCUUUACUGACGUUGAAUGGUGUUAACAGUGACAGUGGUCUUAUAUCUAAAGCAGCUACUUUUGAGGGCAUCGAUAAUUUUAAAGUCGACAAUAAAGUACUUUUCUCAAUAAUAGCAGAUCUUCGAGUUAUUAAAACAGACUACGAGCUGGAUGUAUUGGAAUAUGUUUGUGGGAUAACUUCGGCAGCGCAUAGACAUGUGAUGAGAUUUGCUAAGGCUGGAACAUUCGAAUAUCAGUGUGAAUCAGAAUUCUUAAACUACUGCUAUAAACAUGGAGGAUGCAGACAUGUUGCAUAUACUUGUAUAUGUGCAUCGGGGAUAAAUUCAGCAAUUCUGCAUUAUGGACACGCUGGAGCUCCAAACAACUAUCAACUGGAAAAUGGAAAAUUGUGCCUAUUUGAUAUGGGAGGCGAAUAUUUUGGCUACGCCGCAGAUAUUACAGUAACCUUUCCUGUCAAUGGUAAAUUUUCUCCUCAACAAAUAAUCAUCUAUGAAUCUGUUUUAAAAUCAAAUCAAGCUGUGCUCAAAGCUAUUAAACCGGGAGUUUUGUGGAGAGAUAUGCAUCUACUAGCCAAUAGAGUCUUGUUAGAGGAUCUUACGAGAGGGGGACUUCUACAAGGAUCGGUAGAUGAUAUGAUGGAGGCUGAUAUUGCAGCUAUCUUUGAACCUCACGGUUUAGGACACUUGAUUGGUUUGAAUGUACAUGAUGUUGGAGGUUACUUAGAAGGGAACCCAGAGCGAUCCACAAGACCUGGGCUAAAAAGUUUAAGAACUUCUAGGAUUUUGGAAAAAAAUAUGGUCCUUACUGUGGAACCUGGCUGUUAUUUCAUUAAUAUGCUAUUGGAUAAUGCCCUAGCCGAUUGUUACAAAUCCAAAUUCUUUGUCAAAGAUGUUAUUAAUACUUAUAGAAAUUUUGGUGGUGUUCGUAUUGAAGAUAAUGUCAUAGUUACAGAAGAUGGUAUACGAAAUUUAACCAAAGUGCCACGGACUGUUCAGGAAGUUGAAGACUGGAUAGCUGGAAAAGAUGAAGAUAACAAGUAUACAUGAAUAUUAAAAAUAUGACAAAAGCUUGAUAUUUUGAUAAAUUUUAGAUUUAUAUUAUUUCUGUGAUUAUUAC